AUGGCGACCACUCAGACGCCCAAUAAUUCUGCUACAAGCGUCCUAAACACAACUCCAAUACCACAGCAACAAGCACCUCCAUCCGUUGCCUUCCCAUUUGGUGGUCAGCCGGAUAUUAUACGAGCCAAUCAAAAGGACAUGAUGUCAAUACUCUCAUUAAAGGAGCAAUUCCAUUCUAUAUGUAGAACUUGGCUGGGAAUACGGACACAUAUGAAAUAUCAAACUGAAGUCAGCUUACUAGCCGAUUUCUGCUACUACGCCCUUACAACCUUGUCGGGAACUCAAACUCUCGGAGAAGAAUACUGUGAUAUCAUGCAAAUCACUGAAGGAUCUUUGACUGUGCCUUCUCGACUGAGGCAAACCUUCUUGGUCGUAGCCCAUGUCUUUCUACCCUAUGCUGUAGAACAAGCUUCCAUGUGGCUCAGGUUGCAAUCGAGGCAUUUGGGACUAGAAAACACUCCAUAUGCUCGAUUCAUACGACAAUCCAGUGAAAUAAUACCAGCCAUUAAAUCAAUGUGGAGUGAAUACCUACGAUCCAUACAUCUGGCAUGGUUUUAUUUCACUGGAUCAUUCUAUCACGUCGCUAAACGGAUUUCUGGCAUUCGAUAUAUCUUCUUGAGACAGUUACGACAAGGCGAAGAACUCGUCGGUUAUGAAGUCAUUGGAGCACUCAUAUUGAUGCAGCUUGCAAUGCAAUUCUAUUUAAAGAGACAAGAAAGGAUUAAACAGGAAACUGCUGAACAGGUUGCUGCUGCUAUGGCUGAUGAUAACGGGACAGCACAAGAAGAAUACGACUAUGCGGAUAUGUCGGCUGAACAACUGGGAGCUAUGAAAUGUACAUUGUGUCUUGAACCACGCAAGACAACAACUGCUACACCCUGUGGACAUUUGUUUUGUUGGACUUGUAUUACAGAAUGGUGUCAGAAUAAGGCUGAAUGUCCAUUAUGCCGGCAGCAUGUUAAUGUAUCUCAUUUGUAUACUGUGCGCAACUUUUGA